AUGCCCGGGCGGACCUACAGCAGCUCGCCGCCGUACAGCCGUCGAAGCCGCUCCCGCAGCCGCACUCCCACGCUCAUUUCAGUCCCUGUAGUCGAUUCCGCCACCAGCACCGCGCUGUAUUCCACCGCACCAGCAUCGCAAUCCACCUCCCCUCCUUUCAACCCAGGGUAUAAUAAUAUGUACUCUAGGUCACCAACUUCCGGCAGCUGGACGCGGAGCACAGCUGGGCCUAGUGGCUAUACUUCGGGAGGUCUCACGGGUACUUAUGGGGGUGCUUCCACAGGUGGCUACAGCUACACCAGCAGGGCUGGCGCGCUUCGGCCGCGCGUCCACCUCUCUGGGGGUCCCACGGGCACUCGGGCCGACGAUUACCCUGCUCGCUCCAGCUCUAGCACCACAUACGGCUCAGGUACCACAUACGGCUCAGGCACCACCACCUACGACUCGGGCAGCAGCCUAUACCCCAGCUCUAGCACCACAUAUGGCUCGGGCAUCGGGGGGUACUCUAGCUCUAGCUCCACCUACGGUUCGACUACCUCGACCCCCUCGCCAACCACUGGUCCAUUUUCCAGCUCUAGCGCCACAUUCGGCUUUGCCACCGGUCUAUUAUAUCCUAGCUCUAGCAGCACAUAUGGCUCGGGCACCGGUUUAUACUCCAGCUCUGGCACAACGUACGGCUCAACUACCUCGACCGCCUUUCCAAGCACCAGUCCAUUCUCCAGCUCAGGCACUACAUAUAGUUCGAUGUCCUCGGCCACCCUUCCGGGCGAUAGAUCUCUUUUUGGAGGAGGGGGCUCGGGUUCUUCCACUUAUGGAAGCGGGACGGGAGGAUAUACGGGUAGUGGGAGCGGGGGAUAUACGGGUAGCGGGACGAGAUAUUCUUCUAGCGGCAGCCGGCGGUAUUAG